GCCAAAACCAUCACUAUGAGCAGAGAUCCACCACAAUCCUCGAAAUCACCCACCCACCCACUUUAUAACGUGACCUACACGAUUCACCGCCUAUCCCCUCUACACAAAUUCCCUCCGAGAUCAGACUUCAAGUCGCACGCCCGAUCCCUCCAGCAGAUCCUGCGCGGCGACGUCCUUCGCGGGGUGCGCAUUACGCUCGACAACGAGGAUGAAGCACUGGGGCGAGCGGGUCGGUUAAAAGCCGUGACAUGGGGGGUGCUACCUCGUUGGCAAACGUCGAGCGAAGAUAACGAGGAGGAUACGGCGGAGGAGGUGGCGGAGGAGGAAGCAGGCGCGGGAGUAAAGAUCGAGAUGCAAUAUGAGAAGAUGACAUACACAUCCCUAUUGUUGUCAUCGCCUUCAGAAGCUACUGGGUUGGAAGAUGAGAGCCAAGGGUUUACCAAGCUCCCGUUACUUUUAACACGUCUACCUAAAUCCCUCCGGGAUACGCUGCUUACUUACCUCUCUACACGAUUCGAUACCCUCCCGCUGCCACUGGCACUCCCGUCAUCGCUAUUACAAAGGUCGGUGGAAUUCUACUUGUCACAUACCUAUGGUCCACCAAAGGACGUGCAGAUUUCCUUCGCUACGCCUAUCACUACCCUCAAAACAAUCACCAUAACUAUCCCCCGGGACGAUAUUGCCAAGUUUUGUGACCGCGGGAAGCGACUCCCCGGGGGGAAAUUUUAUGCGGCAUUGAAGCAUUAUCUUCUGGAAAAUAUGGCGUUGGAUGUUGCUCCUUUGGCAAUUGCUAAGGCGGCGUGUGGGGGCUUCGUCUUGGGUGGAGGUGCUGGUGGAAAAGUCAAGAUCUUUCCACCGAGGGAUGUGGAAGAGCAUGAGGCGGUGAGGAAUUUAAUUCAAGAACUUGCCAAGGCAGCGGAUGCUUGAAGAAGGGGAUCAAGGUUUCCAGUCCAUGGUGUAGCAUAUUGGAGCAAGGGUAAUUGGAUGUUUAAUAUGGGUUGCUUUAGUGAUUGUAUUAUUUUUACUGUACUGCUGUUUCUAUCGCACGAGUAAUAUUUAAUUUUUCUGUGGGGCGCCAUAAUGUCUGUUGUUUCCUUAUGGGCUGUAAGAGCAAUCUAGUUUUUCGGUGUUUGGUGCCGUAUUUUGCCUAGGACACGAAUGUUUUCUUAUAAAAUCUGAUGUAAAAACUGUCAUACCGAAUAGGUUCUGUAACUUUCUAGCUUGUUUGUUAUCGCUUUGAAGACGAUUUAGGUCAGUGCGGGUUCUAUACGAGUACUGUAGUCCCCACUAAAAUCAGAUAUGGGGUUUCGGCUCCCCCCAUCAACUAUACAUAGGCCGGGGAACUGUGGGAGAGGCAUGUGUGGACCGUGGC